AUGGCGUCUGCAGAUGUGAGAGAAGAGCUGAACUGCUCCAUCUGUCUUGAUGUUUACAAGGAUCCUGUAACUCUGAGGUGCGGACACAACUUUUGCCGAGCCUGUAUCGACCGUGUGCUGGAUACACAGGAGGCGUCUGGAGGCUAUUCCUGUCCGGACUGCAGGGAAAAGAUUCAGGAUCGCUCGGCGUUGUCCCGAAACGUAACCCUCCAUAACAUAGCUGAGCGUUUUCACUCCGCUCAGCCAGCUCAGGAGGAGAGCGGAAUCUUCUGUACUUAUUGUGACUUCUCCGUUCCUGCCGUUAAGACCUGUCUGCUGUGUGAAGCUUCUCUAUGCGGCAAACACUUAAAAAAACACGGCAAGUCACUGGAACAUGUGUUAGUGGAUCCCACCACUUCCCUGGAGAACAGGAAAUGCUCCAUCCACAAAAAGAUCCUGGAGUAUUACUGCACUGAGGACUCUACCUGUAUCUGUGUCAGCUGUUGCUUGGUUGGGGAACACGGCGGGCACGCGGUGGAAUCGAUAGAUGAUGCAUCUGAAAAGAAAAGGAUAAAACUGAGGACCAUCCUAGAGGAACUGACCUCGAAGAGAGAGCAAGGUGAGAGAAAAGCCCAAACCCUGCUGAGACACAAGAAAAAAGUGGAGAAAAAGUUGACUGGUGAAACCGGGAGGAUUACUGCCCUUUUCAGAGACCUCAGGAAAGAGAUGGAUGACCUGGAGAAGAGAGCCUUGUCUGAGAUUGAUAGACAGGAAAAGCGGAUAAUGUUGUCCUUCUCUGAUUUGAUCCAGCAGCAGGAAGUCGAGAAGGACGAGCUGUCCAAGAAGAUGCACUACAUUGAAGAACUGUGCAACGCCACCGAUCCUCUAGCCAUCCUAAAGGAGCGGCAAUCGGAAACGAUGGACCUUUGUCAUCCCGAGGAGGUAGAAAAUCAGGACACUGGGAAGGACGGUAACGUUCUCUGCAAUGUUGGUGAUCUGGAUAAGAAUCUGAUCUCACUUACUCUGCAUUCAGGUUUAAGUAACAUGGUAUCACGCUUAAAGAAUGAGAUCCACAUACAGGAAGCGGUUGAUGUGUCGAUGGAUAGAAACACAGUUUCCAAUUUUCUCCAAAUAGAAGAUGACCUGAAAAGGGCUUAUUAUACAAAAAGCCAACAACACCCAGAUUCACCUGAGAGGUUUGAGGAUUGCCAAGUUUUUAGCACCCGGGGCUUCUCAUCGGGGCAGAAUUUCUGGGAGGUGGAGACCAGUAGGACAGGAAAUUGGAUGAUAGGGGUGGCCUAUGCCAGUAUAGAGAGGAAAGGGGAGCACUCUUUCAUUGGGAACAAUGACAAGUCUUGGUGUUUGUGCAAGGUCAGUAAUAAGAAAUACUCAGUGAUGCAUGAUAGUAAAACUAUCCAGUUACCUGACAAAUGCUCCAGCCAGAGAUUAGUGAUCUAUCUGGAUUAUAAGGCUGGGCGGUUGUCCUUUUAUGAGCUCGGUGAAGCCGUCAGACACUUAUACACCUUCUCCGCCACCUUCACUCAGCCCCUCCAUGCUGCAUUUUACAUAUGGGAUGAGUGGUUACGAAUCAGAAGUUAG